AUGGAGAAUGGUGGACAUGAGGGUUGUAGCAAAGAUAUGGGGGAGUUGAGCAAAUAUAAAACACCAUGUCUUGGCAUGGAAUUUCAUUCAGAGGAAGUUGCAUAUCAAUUCUAUAAUGAAUAUGGAAGGAUUAUGAGGUUUGGCAUUAGAAGAGAUUACCUUAACAAAAGUAGAAAAGAUGGUGUUAUGAUUAAUAGAAAGUUUGUUUGUUGUAAGAAGGGAGAAAAAGAAAAAGAAAAAGAUAAACAGUACAUGAUUGUAAAUCAUCCUAAACAUGAGACAAGAACAAAGUGCAAUGCAUUUAUGUAUGUAUCUUUAGAUCGAGACUUGUCAAAGUGGAUAGUGAAAAAGUUUGAUGACAACCACAACCAUCCUUUGCAUUUUCCUCAAUACACACAUUUGAUACCAUCUCAAAGAAAGUUAUGUCAGGCUCAGGCUUUGAAUGUUCAUAUAGCUGAUGACACUGGGAAAAAGCCUACCAGUUUUUUCACAGACCAAGAUCAGGCAAUUACUAAGGCAAUAUCUGAAGUCAUGCCUAAGGUUUUCCAUGGAUUAUGCACUUUUCACCUAAUGCAAAAUGCUUUGAAGCAUUUAGGGUACUUGUAUAAGAGUGGUUCAAAAUUUGGUAGUGAUUUCAAAGCUUGUAUUUUUGGAUGCGAGGAUGAACACAAGUUAAUUGAAGCUUGGGAUUCUUUGAUUGAUAAAUAUGACUUGUAUGAGAAUGUGUGGAUGAAGAAGACUUGGGAAAAAAGAGAGCAAUGGACGCACGUAUACAUGAAAUACUUGUUCACUACAGGAAUGCGAAGCACCCAACUUAGUGAAAGCCUGAACGCAACAUUAAAGAGGUAUUUGCAAGCUGAUCAUAAUAUUGUUCAAUUUUUUACCCACUUCAAUCAGAUUGUUGUAGAUAAAGUGUUGGAUAUGUCUCUUUCUUGUCAAGUAAAGCAAUGCCAUGAGUUAGAAGGUGAAGUUCGGUACAUGAUUAGGUUGUAUGGUGAUGAUAGAGAGUAUAUAGUGGAGGGUAAUAUGGAAGUCAAUGAGUUAGGAGGAGAAAAAAAUUGUCAAAAAAUUCGUUGCACUUGUCAAAAGUUUGAAAACAUUAGAAUUUUAUGUGGUCAUGCAAUUAAAGCACUUGAUAGAAUGAAUGUUAUGGAAAUUCCUGAGAGGUACAUAUUAGGUCGAUGGAGAUUAGAUGCCAAAAGUGGUGAAAUUAAGGGAGGAAAAGUUGAAGUGGAUGAGAAUGAUCCCAAGUUAGAGAUAUCAGCACGUUACAGGGAUCUUUGUCCUAGAAUGGUAAAGCUAGCAACUCAAGCAUUUGUUUAUAAGCCUGCUUAUCAAUUGGUUGAUGAAGGGAUUAAGGAACUGUGUACAAAAGUGAAUAAAAUGAUGGUAUCAUUUGAUGAUAUGGGUGAUUGUGGUAGUGGAAGCAACAUUGAUAUGGCUUCUAAUCCUAACUUUGCACGAGUUAAAGGCUUAAAAAAAAGGUGGACAGAAGGGUGGAGGUAG